AUGCUGAGCCUGACCCUGUCCGCGACCGCGACGCGCGCGUCGCUCUCCGCGCCGCGCCGCGUCUCCGCGCCCCGACGCCGCGGCGCUUCCGUUCGCGUCCACUCCGGCGGUAAUAAGAAGUCCGGGGAGAUACACGAGGAGCUCAAGGAGAAGUUCACCACCGGAGGCGGCGGGUACAAAGGGUUCUGCGACUACGAGGAGAUCCGAGAGGCCAUCAAGGAGUGCGACGGAUUAGACGGCGCGCGGCUGGAGGCGUGCUACGCGGAGUUCGGGUGCGACGUGGACAAGGUCACGGAACACUACGCGAAAGCGGCGGGGAUCGACGCGAAGAAGAAAAAGGCGGACGAGUGA